AAAAAAGGUCCAGAACUUGGUUUUAACAACGGCCUCCCACAUUGAGAGCAACCAUCCAUCCGCCGGGACGAUCCAAAACAUCUACAAGAAUUCUUCAACACGAACCACGGCAGCUUUCCCUGACUGACUCUCUAUUAUUCACACAAUGGAACUUGACAAACACUUGCCAAAGGCUGAUUGGGGCGCAGACGUUGCAAAUCAAGGUGAUGAGGACCCAGCCAUCCCAACAGAGACACCUCACGAGUCCGAACCCCCCAAAGAAGAGCUGCGCGGCUUUGCUGCGUCGUAUGCGGCGUUCCUCAAGGAUCAACGUGAGAACCCGGACCACGACAUCCUCGCCGAGAUUCGCCGAGAUGAAGAGCGCCAAGCAACCAGGCUCAAACUUCGCGAGAGGAAGGAGACCUAUUUCUUCUAUGGAACCCUGAUGGAUCCAGCUAUCGCCCAAAGAGUCCUCGGCCUAGAGGCGCCGCCUACUUUGAGACCAGCAGUCCUCAGAAAUCGCGGUCACAUUAAGAUGUGGGGUCCCUUCCCUGCAUUCAUUGCCGACGAAAACCCGAGGGUUGAUAUACAAGGGAUGGCGUGUGAGAUCGAGGGAGCUGCGAGGAAGGACCGGCUUUUGGCAUAUGAGGGCGAGAAGUAUGUUGAGAAAUUAUGCCUGAUCCAUUUUCUCAGCGAAGAUAGGAGCACUGUCACUGAUGAGAGCGUUUUUGGCGUGGUGUUCGCAUGGAUUGGUGACGACGACGACGACGACUUGAGUGACGGAGUAUUCGAUCUGGAGGUUUACAAAGCGGCCAAGGCAGAACUGGAGGCUGCUGAGAAGUAGUCACCAUUCUUUUGUACCCCUCACGGUCCAGCUGCCUGGCUGUUGUAGGUCGCUCCAUUUCACCGUGCCUGUGUGAUGGAUAUGACGCGAGAAACCUUGGAAGGCGACAUGAAGAUGCUCUAGGCCCGUUAAUGCGGCCAUUUUCGGGUGCCUUUUCUUCAUUGGCGUAGCUGUCAGAUAAUGCACCUAGAACUCUC